AUGCAGAAGCAAUAUCAGAUAUCGCAUCGUCUGGCGCAGAGAGCCUUCUUGCAAAUGUACCAGUACGCUUUGCUAGCAACCAAUCACAAGGAUUCUUUAAGACCUCAAAUGGUGCACAAAAAAGUUCACAGGACGGAAAGUGAAACCGAGACCACGACAACGCCCAAGCCUUUCGAGAACCGCCCAGGCGACGAGAUGUCCCCCGAAGCCAACAUGAGGGCCAUAAUAGCCUUGAGGAAUGCCAAAGAGUACAGCAUCGUGGGGGAGAACGGUCAGACGCAAAACAUGUUCGACAAGUUGGUGAUCAAAGAGCCGCUGGAAUUUAGGAAUCUGUCGUUUUCCGAUCACCUGCAGAAUAUUCCUUACAACGAGACCAUCUUCACGAAGAAGAUGGAGGAGUAUUUUUACAAGGGGCUGCAUCUUACCUUUUGCAGAAAGAGGGACGACAGUCUUGCCAUCAAAGAGAACAUCGAGAGGCUGCCGAAUUUCGAGGAAUACAAAAACAAAGGCAGCAUCCAGUGCAGUUCGAGAACGAAAAUGCCUUUCUUUUCUUCUUCCGUGGCGGUAAAACUGACUUCUAAAUUAAUUCUGGCGAUAACGUUAUUCUUAUUUUACACUUGCUAAUAUUUUCCGAGAACAAACAUUCCGUUUUAGGCAAAAUUGUAUGGAAGCGGUCCCCUCUCGAAAAGAGAACGGAUCUAAUUUAUGUUUUCGUUUCGUUAAAAAUUAUAUUUUUAUAACUUAUUACUAUUUAUUACUUUUGUUUUACGUUUAAAUUGUUUUCCUUUUUAUUUAAACUGGCUGUACAUAAAUAGUCACUCUGUACAUAUCGAUGUCUACCAAAUAGUUAGGUUAAGCGUCUAGUUCUUACGGUCCGAAUAAUGCUGUGAAAUUUUUUUGUACAUCUUGUAGUAAGCAACUUAGUUUUAACAGUCAUUUUUGUACUUAAGAUUUUUACUAUUUUAAUAGAUAAGGAUAAAAAAUA